GAGACGUCUGGCUUUGGGCGGGAACUGAAACCGCCAAAGCUGCUCUCCGUCUGCAGAACGCUGCAGCUGUAAGCUGUGGAGGGGCACCAUGGUGCGCCCUACCAGAAAUAAAAAAAUAGUCAAUUACUCACAGUUUGAGGAGUCUGGUAGUGACUCUGAUGAUGAUUUUAUUUCUGCAACCAUGCCUAUAAACAAAAAAUCUAAAACAGUGCCAAAGGACUUAAAGCAAGACAAACCAAAACCUAACUUGAAGAAUCUCCAAAAGGAAGACAUCUUACCAACCAAACCCCCCAAAAAAAGGGUGGCUUUAGAUGACAAGGUCUUCCAGCGAGGCCUAGAAGUUGCUCUGGCUUUAUCCGUGAAGGAACUUCCAACACUCAGCAACGACGUGAAGAAGUCUCAAGAGAAAAGCACCGACAUACAAGGCAAUAGGAAAACAGAAAUAACGGAGAAAUCUCGUGUUUCUAACUGCAGUGUAGCCAGUGAUGAUUUAGAUUUGGAUAAGAUCACGGAGGAGGGGGAGGCCGGCGGUGUUGAAGGAGAGAGAACAGCAACAUCUGACGCUGAGGCUCAGAGGAGGGGGGUGCUUUUGGAAGGCGGCGGUGGCAGCGAUGGCAGCGCUGCGAAUGACACUGAGCCAGACACUGCAACUGAUUCAGAAAGUGAUUCUGAGUUUGAUGAUAAUGAAGAAAGUGAUGAGGACUGUGCUGUGAGAAAAAGUAAAGUGAAAAAAACAAAGAAGAAAGUAAUGCAGAAAAAACCCGCAGUAGAAAAGAAAGAAAAAAAACCCAAACCCAAAUGUGAGGCAUCAGCAGACCCAGCUCCAGCUUCCAGCAAGUCAAGAUCUCCGUCUUUGCCCCAGGCUGUUGGUCUUUCUUCAGAGGCCACUAGGAAACCAGCAAAUAUGUGCAGCCCUUCAUCUGAAGGCAGGAGACCCAAGUGGGUCCCACCAGCCGCCUCCGGGAGCAGAAGCUCCAGCGGCAGCGCACUGGCAGGAGCCCCCACCAAGUCCCCGAGCCACAGCCUACGCCUGGGCCUCUCCCGACUCGCACCAGUUAAGCAUUUGCACCCAAGUGCCGCAAGCAGCCAAGUGCGGUAGCAGGAAAGGAGCCGGGACCCUCAGCCCUGCAAGCAGGUCGUCGUCUUCAGCACGUGGAGGACCUUUAACAGGUGGCAUGAAGGACCUCGGCCUGUUUUGUGAUUCCGGCCUCAUCAAAGCCCCUCUGUCCUUUAGCAAAGGGCUCUCGGGAGCCCUGUGCCGCUCCUGAAGAACGUGUUGUGUUUUCUUACAUUCUAUAGGUCGUCACUGGGGGCUCUGCAGCAUGUCUGUAGUUACUAUGACUCCCGGCUCUGUCUGGCAAGGGGUGGGCAGCCUGGGCUCCUUCAGGAGGCAUUUCUGAAAUUUUCCCCAUCACUGUGUUUCUUUAGGUUUACUAUACAAGCUUGCUGUCUCUAUGUAGGCUUUUUAGUGAGAAUUCUGCUUUUGUACAUAUUAAAAUGAUUACUGCAGAAUGGGAAGAGCUGGUUCUUGUACAGCAGAUAGAAUUUAAUAACAGUUUUUGGACUUUUCAUUGUUAAACUUUUAAUAACAGUGAAAAGAUUUAAAAAUGUGUUCUUUGAUACCAUGUAUCCACCUGUGUCUAUAGAUUAGGAAAAGAAGUCUUCUGUGGUCAGCAUAAGCAAGGAGAAGCGGUGUCUUCAUCACUUUACAUGAAGCCAGAGCGUUGACAGACUGCCUGUCAGCUUGUCAUCCUGUCAUAUUAGCUAAUUCAGCUUUUCAAGAAGCUUAGAUAUUGUCAAUAAAAGUAAUUCUUUUUAUGGUGAGAAUAUAAACCUAUUUUUGAUCACUAUUUAAUAAAAAAAAUUAGUUUAUCAUAAAAUGCAACACCUCACCUAGUUCUCAGCUAUGAAACAUCUAUGUUACCAUGAGAAGUAGUUUUGAAUUAUGAUUAAAGUGAGCAUUUGCACAU